AUGUGGUAUUCAUCACCGUCCCUCGCCGGCCUGAGCCUCCUGCUGCUCCCCGGCACCGCAUGCGCAGGCUCGACAUCCAACGGGUCAAGCUCAAGCUUCCACGUCCGCACGACAAGCGGCGAGGCCCACGGCACCAUCAACGCGACAUCGCCGCACGUACGUCAGUUCCUCGGGAUCCGGUACGCGGAGGCGCCCGUUUCGUCUCUGCGCUUCCAGCCGCCUGAACGAUACGCGACCUCCCAGAAUGCCAGCUUCAACGCAUCUGCCCUGGCGCCGUCGUGCAUGCAGUACAGAUUGACGGCCGAGGAGGACGCCAUGAACGUCUACAUCCAGUACAUCCCCGAGUUCGAGGCCGGCAGCGCGGACGAGAGCGAGGACUGCCUGUUUCUGAACGUGUAUGCGCCACUCGAGCCGAAGGGGGAGAAGCUGCCCGUGCUCAUCUGGGUUCCCGGCGGUGGCUUCUUGAGCAAUGGCGCCAAUGUGCCGUAUACGAUCCCGGACCAGUGGAUCGGGAGGACGCAGGAGCUGGUUGUUGUUACAAUGAACUACCGCUUGGGCAUCUUCGGGUUUCCCACCGCAGCUGGCCAACCGCUGAACCUCGGUCUGCUCGACCAACGAGUGGCAGUCGAGUGGGCACGCGACAACGUGGCAGCCUUCGGAGGCGACCCGGACCGGAUGAUACUCUGGGGCCAGUCCGCUGGAGCCUGGAGCGUCAACUACUACGGCUACGCCUACUCCGAGGACCCGAUCGUGGCAGGUCUCAUCGCCGACUCGGGCGGUUCCGACGUGUUCUCUGACGGCGACCCCAGCAACUUCACGUCGAUCGCCUCUGCCGCCGGAUGCGGUGACCUAGAUGCCGAGGCGGAGCUGGCGUGCAUGCAGCAGGUCGACGCAUCUACCAUCGAAGCCCUCGCCUCCAACACCACUGGCGUGGUGUUCGCGCCCGCAGCAGACGGCGUGACUGUGUAUGCGAAUAACACCGAGAGGGCUGAGAAGGGGCUUGUCGCCCCGGUGCCGGCGAUCAUUGGCACGAACGCUCAGGAGGGCACCGGCUUCGGCGGAUGGACUGUCGAGGGCGGCGUGGAUGAGGAAUUCUUCAUUGAGGCUCAGAAGUAUGUUGUCUGUCCUACAGUCUCAGAGAUCCAAAACCGAAUCGCGAAUGGCCUCGCCACGUAUCGAUACAUGUACAGCGGCAACUUUUCGAACAUCUCCCCGCUGCCUUGGAUUGGUGCCGUGCAUAGCGGGGAGCUGCCACUGCUGUUCGGAACCCACUCACAAUACCGCGGCAACUCGACAGAGUUCGAAUGGGAUGUCAGUUCUGUAAUGCAAGGUCUCUGGCUUGCAUUUGCCGAGGAUCCGUCGACAGAUCCGACCUGCGAAUCUUUCAGCUGGCCGCAGUAUACCCUUGCUACAGGAAGCAUGGCCAGCUUUGCCCCCAACGGGACGGUCGUCGCGAUCGGAGAUGGAGCAACUGUUGAUGGCAUCUGUCAGUGA